AGCAAAGCAAAGCUCACAUUGCAAUUAUUUCUUCCAAAUUUCAUCCUAGAAUAAUUUAUCUACAUUUCAUAAUUUACUUUUGCAUAAUUCUUCAGAGCAUACUAAUAUAUAAUCAACCCAGAAAGGAAUUUAUUUACUGUAUAAAAAUCUGAAACUGAAAUAUGAUUGAAUUCCAUUCAGUACUUUAAAUCUACACAUCCGUGAAUGAAUUUUCUUGUUGGGUUAUGAAUGGGGUAAACUACCAAAUGAAUUUCAUGUUCUUCCCAAGUCAAUAUUUAUGACUGUCUGGAAACAGGGGAAGGCUUGUAGUGACUGAAGGGAUUUCAAUCCCCUUUAGGUACACAAACACUGAAUGUCCAGCCAAUGGCGGGAGGGUGUGGAGGAUAGAAAAGCGUAUUUCUGCCAGUGAUUUAAAGAGCUGCUGUGAUUUUUUGAGAGUUUUUCCCCUGCAGUGAUCAUGAGACAGUUUCUGCUUCUGCUGUUGGUGUUCUGCUUCAGUUUUAUCCAGGAUGGAUAUGGCCAUCCUUCUCGCACUAAGAAAGCCGUUCCUGCCCGACAGAGAGAAGAAGAUGACAUGAAGACACAGAUCGACAAGCUGUGGCAGGAAGUCAAUUCUCUAAAGGAAAUGCAGGCUCUGCAAACAGUUUGCUUGCGUGGCAUCAAAGCCCACAGAAAGUGUUACCUGGUUUCUGAUCAGGCCAAGCACUAUCACGAGGCCAACGAGGACUGCAUCUCUCAGGGCGGCACACUAGCCAUUCCCCGGGACGUCAACGAAAACGAGGAGCUUAGAGACUACGCCAAGCGCAGCUCUCCGGCAGCCAGAGACUUCUGGAUCGGCAUCACAGAUAUCGUGAGGGAGGGCCAGUAUGUGGACGUCAACAGCCUCCCUGUCUCCUUCUUCUACUGGGACCGGGCCAAGAAAGAGCCCACCGGCGGGAAGAGGGAAAGCUGUGUCGCUCUGUCACUCAGCGCUCAGGGAAAGUGGCACGACGAGGUCUGUCGCUCGCAGAAGAAAUACAUCUGUGAAUAUCUCAUUCCGUGAGCUGCAACUCUCAGGCCUGUCGUUCAAUUAAGCAAUACGCUCCAGGAAGCCAUGUUUUACGUUAAUUACUGUGUUAAAACCUUGUUCUAAAUUGAUUGUAAACCACAGCUUCACUGUGGAUGCCUAUUGUAUCAAAUGGUUAUUGCAUAUACUGUAUUUAGCAAGGUUUAAACCUUAUGUGCUUUCCGGGAAGUUUUUAUCUAUUCUAGGUUGAUUUUUAAGUCUUACUUUGGCCACAACUUUCUGUGUGUUUCAGUAAAUUGAAUGACCU